ACACAGCUCUAUACCUGUCAAACGACGGCAAAAGUACGUUUAUCCGUGUCACUUUGCUGUUGUCGAUAAAUACGAUGCAUAAAUUGAACAAAACAGAUUCAUGUUGUUCAUUAUGAAAACUUGACCCGUUUCAAUAUUCAUAUCUUCAAAUGGAGAGUUGGGGAUUCGUUACAUACACCAAAGAAUAGUGAAAACGUUACAAGCACAUCCAUUAAAAUGUCGAAGAAUGGUGAAGUGUCAUCAAACCAAGGACCCAGCAGACCUAGUAUGCCGAAACCUGAUUUGAAUCUAUUCAGUACCGAAAAACGCAAAAUUUUGGAUCUUCAAAUCGGCGGGCCUUCGGGAGAUGAUGCGGCUUUCGUGCCUUUCGCUAACUCCGCCGCGGCACCGAGACCUCGCAUACCGGCGCGCACCAUCAGAGAUGUGUUGCCUGAAAACACAAGGGAUAGAUGCAGGAUUUAUCCGUCCAUGCAGUCAUCGGGUAAGCUGCAGCUGUCUGCGACAGAAAUUUAUGAUUUUACCGCUGAUGACCUAAUUGAUCUGGGAGAAAUAGGACGAGGUGCCUUUGGAGCUGUAAAUAAGAUGGUUCAUAGGAAAACCAACCGUGUGAUGGCUGUGAAACGCAUCCGCUCCACCGUGGACGAGAAGGAGCAGAAGCAGCUGCUCAUGGACCUGGAGGUAGUCAUGAAGAGCAAUGACUGUGUAUAUAUCGUGCAGUUCUAUGGAGCACUGUUCAAAGAGGGUGACUGUUGGAUUUGUAUGGAGCUGAUGGACACCUCUUUAGAUAAAUAUUAUAAGUUCAUAUGUGAGCGGAUGCAAACUCGAAUACCAGAAACAAUCAUAGCUAAGAUAACCCUAGCUACCGUGAAAGCUUUAAAUUAUUUAAAAGAGAAGCUAAAAAUUAUUCAUAGGGAUGUAAAGCCAUCAAACAUCCUGCUGGACAGAAGGGGCAAUAUUAAGUUAUGUGACUUUGGUAUUUCGGGCAAGCUGGUGGACUCGAUAGCCCGGACUCGGGACGCCGGGUGCCGGCCGUACAUGGCGCCGGAGCGUAUCGACCCGGGGCGCGCGCGCGGCUACGACGUGCGCUCGGACGUGUGGUCGCUCGGCAUCACGCUCAUGGAGGUCGCCACCGGCGCCUUCCCCUACCCGCGCUGGGGCUCCGUGUUCGAGCAGCUGCAGCAGGUGGUGCAGGGCGACCCGCCGCGCCUCACCAACGCCAACAACGCCUUUUCUAACAACUUCGUGAAUUUCGUCAACACUUGCCUCAUCAAAGAAGAGAAUCAGCGUCCAAAAUACAACAGGCUGUUGGAACAUCCUUUCAUCAAAGGCAUAGACCAGAGCCGGGCAGACGUGGCGGCGCAUGUCUGCGAGGUGCUGGACGCCAUGGAGCGGAACGGAGUCAGCCCCUUUACCACCGACCAGCCUGCACAGGCCUGGCUAGACUAAGGUGUUCAUAUCAGUGUCUACGGUCAGGGCUGAUGGUCAGACAUGAUGUCUAUGUCUAAGCAUGUGCUGACAGUCCGCAAGAACCACUUUAUCUAUAAAGGCUUAACAGUCACACUCAUGCCCUUUCCUAAUUAGGCAACUGCCUAUGGGGCCAGUGCAUAAGGGUCACGUCCCAAAUAGAGACCUAGGCCAAAUUUGCUUUACCUAGAAGUCACUACUAAACUAAAUGUGGCUCUAGUUGGCGUUGAUCAGAACAUGAACAUGUGCUGCACCAGUGCUGACAGUGAACACUGCAAGGAAAACAACCUAAGAAUUGGUUGAUCCAGGCUUGCAACAGUUGCAACCCACCCACUCAAUUGUUCACAAUAUCUCACUUACAAACUUACUCCUUCACGUCUGUUAGUAGCCUUACACGUUUGAAACAAUUAUGCAGUCAGAGUGGAUCACAUUUUAUCACCAAUUAAUAUUAAAUGUCAUUGAUUCUCAGUGACUGGCUGGCUUACCUUUCAAGGCCAUAUUUGAGUUGUCCUCACUUAGGGCAGAUUUGCAUUUCAUUGAUUAUCUUUCCAUCUGAGAGGAAUGAUCUAUAGUAUAUUAAUAAUUAUGUUUAGAGAUGUGCUGUUCUUUGGAA